AUGGAUCCAAAUCUUAACUUCAACUACCCCUACAGCGAUAACUACUCUGGCUCCGGUGCUGCCACCGGCGAUACCAACGAUUCCAGCCAACAAUUCGGAUGGGCCAGCCAAUGGACUCAGCCGGCAUCGGCGACGUCGCAAGGAGCUGGAGGGUACCCCCAGUACGUGUCUCAACACCAGCAACAAGCUCAACAACAGGCUCAACAGGCCUACGCGAUGAUGAAUCCGUUGUCGCCGUUCAUGCAGUCACAGCAGAAGCCGCAGCAGCAGCAGUUGCAGCUUCAACAGCAAUUUCAGCAGCAGAAGAAAUUCGGUCAACACGGCCCAGUUGGAACCCCGAAGGCACCUGGAAGCCAACUCGGCGGCGCUUUUAAUCCACGCGCUUUCGGAGCAUUCGGAGCUGUCGGCGGCGGUGGCGAUCGAUCGACGUCGUCUGGCGGAAUUCUGGGUCAAGAGUGGACCGGUGAAGCCGCCAAUCAGUUUGGAAUGCAGUCCCACUUGAGAACGUUUCCAUCGAAGAGUGGCGGUGGUCCUGGUGGACAUUCGAAGCCGAAUUGGAGGCAACAAAAGCAGCAACGUCAGUCGGCCGGACCACCAGCGCCGAAAAAGACUGAGACUGCUGGAAAGACGCCGGCGAUGAUUCUUCAUGAGGUUUUCAAGAGUAUCACUGAGGACUACUCGGAAGUCGAAGGAGCCGUUCCAAAGCGCUACAUCUGCACACUCACCGUCAAUGGCCGUCAAUUCCAAAUGGAAUCGGCCAACAAGAAGGCGGCCAAGCAGAAGUGCGCUGAAGCCGUCGUCCGUGAGCUUCGUCCAGACCUCCAUGUGACUCCAUUCGAAGAAGGCGUCACGGCGAAGGCAACGCCACCAGCGCCACCAAAAUCCGCUGCUGGAAACGGUCAACCCAACAAGAGAAAUGCCGAGGAUCAGACAAAUCAGCCAGCCGCCAAGAAGACUGCCGCGCCAGGAGCCGUGAAGAAGAUUAAGCUCACCCCCGUCGAAUCGGCUCAAUCGCUGCUCGAUUUCAUGCAAAAAACGAUUGCGGAAUCCAAGGAGAAGUACACGCCAGUCUUUGAAGCCAUCGAGCUGCCACGUGCCGAGGAAAUGGUGGAAGUGAAGGCAGAAGACAUGAAACAAGAGCCAACUGAAGUUACCGUAGAUGAGAACGCUGAAGCGCCAGCCGCUGGAGCUAAAAGAUCGAAAAAGGAGAAGGUUCGCAAGCCAGAAGUUCAGCAUCAAGUCACCCUGAAGUUCUUGGAGCAAGGCAAAGAGUUCACCAAGACUGGACCGAAUCGCGGAAUGCUCAAGGACAUGCUCAUCCGAGAGGCUCUCCGGGAGGUGUUCAAUGUGCCCCAAGAGGCGAUUACCAUAGUUGCCAGACGUCAUGCUCUGAAUCGUCUUGGCACUGAUAUGAACCUCGUUCAAUGCCUCCAGACAAUCGCUGGCGUGCUGAACUGCAAGGUCUCCUUGGACACUGAGCCGGCUGAAGAUCGUCCGAUUGGAGAUGGAAAGAUGUACUUUAUGGGACGUGCCAAGAUCAUUGACCUGAACGAAGACGGCAAGGAAUUUGAGACGAAAUCGACGUCGGUUCCAUCGAAGGCGUUGGCACGGGAGCACGCGGCGAUGGAAAUGCUCAAACAGUACUUUAAGAUGGACACGGACAGUAUUCAGACCAACGAGGCACAUGGCAAUAGCAGUGGACAGCAGGGACCGUGCGCGGUGCUUCACGCGAUGAUGAACAAGGCGACGAAGCAGCAGACCAAGAUUGGCUAUGAGUUUAAGGAUAAUGUGCCACCGGUCGCUGGAGCUGGAUCGCCAGGACCAGUUUUUUACUGCGACUGUGUGAUCGACGAGGAACGCUUCACCGGAUCCGGCCGCUCCAAAAAGUUGGCCAAAAACGCGGCAGCCGUCGUCGCACUCAAACGAAAGUUCUCCGUCGACUACAACCCCGACGGCAUGUGUCCACUGGCUCACAGCUCACGCCCGGAACGACAAUGCUCACCGCUGUGCCGAGAGAUCUCCGAGUUUUGUAAACGCGAAUACUACGAUAUGACUCGUCACUACGGUGUCAAUCAGAGCAAUCAGAUUGCGUGCUUCGUCCUAAUCAACGAUCGAAACGAGAAGCGCAUCCUCUCCAUAGGCUCAUCGAUCCAAUACGUAUGCGAACCGGACAGCCUGAACGGCGCCGACGGCAACCACAUCGUCCACAUGGACCCGAUCGUUUUGGCUCGUCGUGGACUCAUCCGUUCCAUCUACCAUGAGCUUCUGUACAUGCCACCCGAGGGAUCGGUGGUGUUCGAGAAGCAGCCAGAUGGACGGUAUGCGUUGAACAAGACGAUGAAGUUGGUCCUCUAUUCGAACUUCUCGCCAGCGUGCCGAUUCUCGUGUGAUGACGUGCCGAAGAAGAGCUUGUCCUAUGUGACACCCCUGACCUGCAAACCAGUGCCAGAAGACGUCCUAACCCUCGACGAGAUCCGCGAGAAGCGUGAAAUCCGUAUCCACUCGACAGCCGACAAACUGUUCAAAUGGAACCAUCUGGGUGUUCAAGGAGCCCUCCUCUCGCAUGUCCUCCACCCUCUCUUCAUCUCUCACAUCUUCUUCGGUACCCAGGCUCCAGUCCCUGACGAUUCUCUUAAAUUCGCUCUUGUCAACCGCAUCGGCCCCGUCGACGCCGGAGCAGACCACCAGGAGACCGAGCUGGAGAGUGUGCAAGGAAAUAUGGAAGUUUUCACGACGCGAUACUCGCAUGUCUGGUCGCGAGGACUCGAUUUGAUCGAGCAGCUGGAUGUGAGCACUGGAAGGACCAUCAAUGGAAUGCCGUCGUCGGUGUGCAAGGCGCAACUCUUUGCCAACUACUGUCAACUGCCACACGUCACACAGAAGGAUGUGAAUUAUGGAAAGGAAAAGGAGGCGUCGAGUAACUAUCAGUAUGAGAAGAAGGUCUUGUAUGAGAAGCUCGAAGCCGCCGGUCUCGGAAAAUGGCAAACGAAGCCGAUGGAGCUCGUCGACUCGUUCACCCUUCCAGCUUCCUUUAAUUGA